AUGGAUCUCCAGCUGAAAGUUUUCAAAUCGCUGAGCUGCUCAAAAUGUGGAGCACCGUUUUCCAAAAGCGCGGAUGGCACAAAUGGACCACGGAAAUACCCAACUUGUGGCGUGACAGUUUGCAAACAGUGCGCUGAGAAAGCAAUAACGCCCGGGGAACACGUUGGAUGCUCUGCAGGCCAUUUCAGCAACUGCUUUCUCGAUCAGAGACCUGCUUAUUUUUUGAUUGAGUUACUCAACAGCCCCGCUCUUGCUGAAACCUCAUAUGGAAGUGGCUAUUACCUGACAAAGCCAAUCGAGAUCCCGAAAUGCAUGAUUUGUCAUAAGGAAUAUUCAAUUGAAACGGAAGAUCGAGAACCAACAAAUUCAUUUGUAGAAUUUUUGAAAGAACUGCCUGAAAUGAUCAAACAAGUUGAAAACACCGAGGAAACAAUAACAAAAAUUUCUCCGACAAUCGAGGUCAUCGAUCAUUUUGAUUGCUCGGAAUGUGAGAGAGAAUUCCCGAUCGAAGACAUGUUCUCAUGCUCGGAUUGCUCGAAAAAGAUUUGCGGAAGUUGUGUUACGAGACGACACCGCAGCCAUAAGCUGACUGAUUUGUUUGUUGAAGAGACUUGUCGAAUCUCGGGAGAAAUGAAACAAAUGGUUUCGAUUCAAAUCAAUGGAUACAAGAAGAUUUUCCCAGAAUUACACCAAGAACUUAUCGAGAAAAUAGCUUCAUUUGAGAAGGCCCUCAGUGGGAAAGCCGAAAAAAUCGAAAAGCUGGAAAACUUCGAGAAAACAAAGAACGAAAUUGACAAGUGCAAAGACUACGGUGACCGAUUCGAGCGAAUUUCCGAGGAUUAUUUACCCAAUCUCCGUUUGUUCAACACAAAUUUGCAGAAUCUCAUUGAUGAGCUCAACGAGGCAAAGAUUUCGGAAACGGAAAUGAAAAGAAAUGAUAUACUCUUUGAUGACUGUUUUGUUUUU